GUUCUUAAAAGGGUCACGCAACGAUGCAGAGAUGCUACAGUUCUACCACGUGCCAGUCAUCCUCAGACGUGCUAGAAUCACUGAGAUAAAGAUUGUGCCAUGCAACCUGAAGAAGCUUAAAUAACUGUGUUAAAAGCCUUCUAGAAAAUAUUGGAAUCCUCUGGAGGAAAACCAAGCAACGUGAUAUAAAGGGAAAAAAUCCAUCCCUUCGUUCUGGUUUCAAAGGCUUCUGUUCUCCUUGGUUGAUAUCAUCAUGGCCAACAAUGUAAGCUUGGAUAAUGAAACUUUGGAAAUGCUCUCGAAUGAAAUGAUCAAGAGCAUCCUUCCAGCCGUUUACCUUAUAGUUGCCAUCAUCAGCCUGCCCGGGAAUGGGUUCUCCUUAUUUCUUCUCUGCAAAGCACAACCAAAGACACCAUCUAUCAUAUUCAUGAUCAACCUCACCAUCACUGAUCUUGUGCUUGCCAUCUUUUUGCCCUUUCAGAGUGCGUACCACUGGAAUGGUAACAACUGGACUUUUGGAGCUAACCUGUGCAAUGUGGUUACUGUGCUGUUCUACGCUAACAUGUACUGCUCCAUCUUAACGAUGACUUGCAUUAGUUUGGACCGUUACGUAGGAGUAGUGUGGGCAAUGCGCUGUGCCAGGUGGCAGACAAACAAGUACGCACUCGCGGUUUGCUUAGGAAUGUGGGCACUCAUCCUUAUCGUCUUGCUGCCACUGGAGAUAAAUGAUUUGACAUAUGAAGUUAACAAACUUAAUAUUACCACAUGUUUUGAUAUUCUGAAGAAGGACAUGCUUCCAUCCAAAGCGACCUGGGCAGCCUUUCUCUUUACCUUGUUUGGGAUUCUGUUCUUAAUUCCAUUUAGCGUAACUGUGUACUGUUACAUUCGAAUAAUCGCCAAGCUGAUCAAGACCUCGACAAGUUAUGUCAGUGCACAAAAGAGGAGAGCCAUUGGCUUAGCUUUGAUCGUGCUCUUGGUGUUUAUAACUUGCUUUGCGCCAAACAACUUUAUCCUUCUCGUCCAUAUCAUCAACCGGAUCUUUUUCCAUAAAGGGGUUUACACGGCCUACAAAAUCACCCUCACCCUCAGCUGCUUAAACAGCUGCCUCGAUCCCUUCAUUUAUUAUUUUGCCUCCAAGGAGUUUCGCAAGAAGCUCAGAGUGUACUUCAGGACAGGAAACAUCUCAAGUCAGGGAAGUAUAACUGAAUACAGGAGGGAGAGUAUUCUCUCAAGAUCAGGGUUGCGAACCCACCAAGAUUUGGAGAUGCAGUUCUCUUUGAAUUCCGCAAAUGGAUCGCCAUAGAUUAGAACUGGCAGAAAAGGAAUGCAAUGUAGUACGCCCCAACGUAAACCUUGACCUGAUGGGAAUGCCUCUUUUUUUAUUGCAGAGUUAAGAUGUUAAUAAUGAAACCAAUGUUGAGAAUGAGUAAAUGAUCCAGCAGCUCUGGCAGUAGGCGGUUGAAUUCCGAAGCUACAGGACUGAGAUUGAUUCUCAGGUUUUGGCGCAUGUUCGAACACGGUCAGAAUAUUGGCUUAGUUGUCCCAGUUCAUUGUCAAGGCUUCUAGCCAGACGCCAUGGUGAAAAGAAGGCCCCUCAUUUUCUUUGGGGAGUGAGGGGAUGGGAAUUGGAGAAGUACCUGUAUUGGUACUCUUAUGCAGAAACUUGACCUGUUGUUGACUGUCAUUGAGAGUGAGUCCAAAAUACAGACAGUUAACCUUGGGACUGGAAGAUGAACGUAGCAACGAGGUCUUGGAAUUAAAGCACCCGUGAUGAAGGAGGAGGGGAAGAUGAUAGGAUUUGUUUUUAAUUUUCAGUUCUUUAAAAUCCAUCAAGGUUUCUAAUGAAGGAUCAUUGACCCUUAAAGUUAACUUCUGCCUGCCUCUCUCUGCAGCUGGUUGUCUGCUCUGCUGAAUAGUUCAUAGCACUUUCUGUUAAAUCUCAGAUUUCCAUCA